AUGGACAAAAGAAACCAGACCAGUGUCUAUGAAUUUCUCCUCCUGGGCCUCUCAGAGCAUCCAGAGCAGCAGCCUUUCCUGUUUGGACUCUUCCUGGCCAUGUAUUUGGUCACAAUAAUGGGAAACUUGUUCAUCAUUCUGGCCAUUGGCUUUGAUGUGCACCUCCAUACACCUAUGUACUUUUUCUUGGCCAACCUCUCUGUUUCUGACAUUGGUUUCAUUUCUACCACGGUUCCCAAGAUGCUAGAUAAUAUUGGUUCAGGAAGUAAACUGAUUUCUUAUGGUGAGUGCCUGGCACAACUCUAUUUCUUUGGCUUAUUUGCAGAUCUGGACAACUUUCUCCUGGCUGUGAUGGCACUUGACCGUUAUGUGGCUAUCAGCUACCCACUCCAUUAUGCCACAAGAAUGAACUCCCAACGUUGCAUUUUAUUGGUGGCUGGGUCCUGGGUAGUCACCACAUUCCAUGCCCUUCUCCAUACCUUGCUAGUGACCAGGCUUUCUUUCUGUGGCCCCAGUAUUAUCCCACACUUUUUCUGUGAUCUGUAUCCUUUCCUCAGUAUCUCCUGUUCUAGUACCCACCUCAACACCCUGAUGAUUCAAACAGAGGGUGUGAUUGGUAUCAAUGGAGCUUUGAUCUUCACCAUUGCUUCCUACACCUGUAUCAUCACAGCAGUCCUCCGGAUUCCCUCGGCCAAUGGCAAGUGGAAAGCUUUUUCUACCUGUGGAUCCCACCUCACUGUGGUGGCCAUAUUUUAUGGCACUCUCACAUGGGUCUACUUCCGACCUCUUUCCAGCUACUCUGUGGCCCAGGCUCGAAUUGUGACUGUCAUGUACACAGUGGUGACACCCAUGCUGAAUCCCUUCAUCUAUAGCCUGAGGAAUGGAGAUGUCAAGGUUACCUUUAGUCAAUGGGUGAGUAAAUUAUGA